CGAAAAUUUUGCAUUGACGCACUAGAAGUGACUAACCACCAUUUUUUCUCCUGCAAAAUAUCGUACCCACAUCUUUGCAUGUAAUAGGAUUGAAAUAGAUAAAGGCUCCAAUGUAGAGACAUAAAAUAGAAACAAGGAUUUCAAUGAUAGUGUGCAUUUCUAUUGUUACCAUUAAAAAAAGAAGUAUCGUAGAGAGUACUAUUACUGCCAUCUAUCAUUUUUAUGAAUUAUGGUACUGUGCCUCAGUGUUGUGUCGUGGCUGUGUUAUCUGUUCUGUGGUCGUGGCCUUGGACACUAGUUGAGUUAGGUUAUGUUUUUAUUUUGGUCAUCAUUUUGUGUUUAUUUUGGCUUUAUCACAGAUAUUUUUAUAAAAAUGGUAUGGAACAAUGCUUUCUAAUAGUCUACUCUGUUCCUUCGCAAGGAAAUCACUCCGUUUAAAACAGUGUUUCUCAACAUUAUCUUCAGAUACAAUUUUUGCGUUGUCUUCGGGGCAGGGUAAAUGUGGUGUAGCCGUAAUUCGGGUCUCGGGCCCCUAUUCACAAGAAGCGCUACUACAACUGACAAGAUUACCCAAGCUUCCAGAGCCCAGACAUGCGUUACUUAGAAGCAUCAAGCAUCCAGUGUCAUCAGAAACGUUAGACAAGGGCUUGGUGAUCUGGUUUCCAGGCCCUAGGUGUUUCACUGGAGAAGAUUCAUUUGAACUACAUGUUCAUGGAGGUUUAGCCGUGGUCACUGGUGUCUUAAAUGCUCUGCAAUCCAUACCAAAGUUGAGAUUAGCUGAACCAGGUGAAUUCACCCGCCGAGCCUUCUACAACAAAAAGCUAGAUCUAACAGAAGUUGAAGGUCUAGCAGACUUGCUGCAGGCUGAGACAGAGCUACAGAGAAAACAGGCGUUUCUACAAAGCCAAGGUGCAUUGAGCAAGCUGUACAACAGAUGGAAGCAGUCUCUGACUGGAUGCGUGGCGCACAUAGAAGCUCAGAUCGACUUUGAGGAGACUGACACUCUUGAAUUGGGAUUGCUGGAAGCUGUCAGUAAGAAUGUUCAAAAGUUGAUUGAUGAAAUUGAGAAACAUAUUAAUGAUGGGCGUAAAGGCGAGAUGCUCAGACAAGGUGUCAGGACAAUAAUUCUAGGAGAACCAAACGUGGGUAAAAGCAGCAUUUUGAAUCUUCUGUGUCAAAGACCAGCAGCUAUAGUUACACCUAUAGAAGGGACCACAAGAGAUAUCCUCGAAAUCACUCUGAAUAUAGGAGGUUAUCCAUUAGUUAUUGCAGAUACUGCCGGCCUGAGAACAACAACUUUGGACCAAAUUGAAAAAGAGGGUAUUAGAAGAGCUCUAGAGCUGCUGGAUACGUCGAAUUUAGUACUACUUGUUAUAGAUUCUGAAAAAUACCUGAAGUGGUCAGUAACAAAUGUUUGUAAAAGAUUCAGCGACUAUGUUCUAGAAUAUUUAAAACAACUAGAUUUGCAAUGCUUGAUCAAGAAUGAGAAUGAUAGAAACGAUUUGUUCAAUAAACAAUGUAUUGUAGUUUUGAACAAAGUAGAUUUACUAGGCAGUAAAAUAGACAUCGAUAUUAACAACACAGUGACAUUAUCUUGUAAAACAGAAAAAGGUAUUUCAAAGCUUACAAACGUUCUAUCAAACAAGCUGAAAACGCUUUGUGGUGAACCCACUGAAGAACAUCCAAGUUUGAAUCAAGCAAGACAUAGACAGCAUUUGAAGGAUUGUGUCAAUUAUCUCAAAACGUGCUUACAAGAAAGCUCUAAAGGUGAUGCGUGUGAUUUAGUUAUAAUGGCUGAGUAUUUGAGAAAAUCUUUAAGACAUUUAGGAAAACUAGUAGGACAUGUUAGUAAUGAACAGUUGCUAGACAUCAUUUUCAAUGAGUUCUGUAUUGGAAAGUGAUGCAAUAAAUUAGUAUUGAGGUAUGUAGUAUGGAGUUUUAGAAUAUUACAGUCAAAUUCUCUGGUCGAAACUUUAGUCAAAAAUAGUUCCUUUCAUGCAGUUUUUGUGUAGGUUGAAAACUUAUAUUCCUUAGUUACUGUAUUAUGUGAACUUCUCACUAUUAUUAGGUAGCGGAGUUUGGGGCAAAGUGGCUACCUUAACUUCAAAAUACCAAAAAUACUUUAUAGAAAAUUAGAAUGAGACGCACAACAAUGCCAAUCGCUUUAUUCGUGAAAGAACUUUAUUAUUUUAAAUGGUCUGUUGUUUCUAAAUAAGUGCUACGAAAAAAAAAUAGAAAAAAUAGGUAGCUAUAAAUUAUCCAUUUUGCCCCAAGUAUGCGGCAAAGUGGAUAUGUGUAUAGGGGUAAAGUGGACACUAUCUAAAAAGUAAAUCAGACUUCUAUGAAUAGAAUUUGUAUUAACACUUUCAGGGUGAAAAAAAUAAACUAUAUAGAAUAAAGUACCAAUCAUCAAAAAAAUGAUACAUAGUUUCUUGAAAGGAAAAAAAGUUCGUAUCAGAAAAAUGAACAAAAUUAUAAUCUAGUGAAUUUCGUUAUACGAAAAAGGUUUUGGUAACGUCCAUAAUAUUGAAGAACUACUAAAACUAAACAGAACUAUUCAGUCGAGACGUAUUAUCUUCUGCUUUAAAAGACCCGUAUUUUGCCAUAUCUUAGAGACUGAACUCUAAUUUUCCCCAAAAUUUCUUCUUUUAAAACUUCACUAAAAUCCUUAACUUCAGGAAAAACAUGACUGCCGAUAUUGUCGCAAAAAUGACACAUUGAUAUUAGUUUCUGGAACCUUUUCAAUGCUUAUUAUUUGAGCAACAAAACGUUUGUUUGUCAUUUUAAUUCUGUCAAAAUAAAAUCAUUUGCAUUGAAGUUUUCAACUUCAAUAGCUUAGAUGUUAAAUUCGUUGGGUUUAGGAUAAAAUUCUAUAUCGCAAUUGUCCGAAUCGCAAGAAGAAUCCUCUAGCUCCACUUCAACUGAGCUAUCCGAAGAUGUUACUUCUUCUAUGUUUCUUUCUUUUGCGGUCAAUGUUUUUUCCCCUGCCAUCAAAUCUUUUUUGACCAUUUUUUUCUUUGCAUUAGAUAUUUGGGUUUUAUUUGCUGCUCUUUUUAGUUCUUCAUAAUUAGGGCUUGAAGUGAGCACCAUAGUUUUUCCUUUUCUCAUUUUUCGUUUUGGAGCUCUUUGCUUCGCCUGCUUUUGGUAAUGCCAAUAUAUCUUUAGGUUAAUAGUAACUAUUACUUUCACUAAGAAUAGGGGCUGUAGGCUCUGCGUUUCUAACAGGAGAUGGUGUUCUAGCGCUAGAGGGAUCUGGUUGUGGAGAAUUAUUGAUUUGUUGGUUAUUCAGUUGUUGUAGGGAUUGCGGAGUUAUUGGGCGGUCUUCAUUGAGAGCUCUAUCUGUGGCAUCUGCCGGUUUAAAUGCAUUUUCUGGAAAUACAUCAAGGUUAAAGGGAUAAAUCCCCGUCGCUUUGAAACCAUUGAUAGCAUUUUGUGUUGUUGCGGCGCGUUUAAAAGCAUUUCCAAAAAGCUCUCCGACUUGAUACAAAGUUACCUUUCCAGGGUUAUUAAUUAAAAAAUUAAUUAUUAAUAAUCCAUUUUUUCGUUUCUUGUUGGUAAUAUGAAUUUAGUGGAAACAUGAAGGCUACAUCCAAGGGUUGUAGACGGUGAGAUGUGUGUGGUGGUAUCACAAUAAUGUGCACACGAUUUGCCCUUGCUUUCUCGACCAAAGUUAGAUUGUUUGUGUGGGUGGCAUGCCCGUCUAAGACUAGUAAAACAGGAUCAGUCUCGGUAGGUUUGGAAUAGUUUAGAAAGUGUUCAAACCAAGCCUCUGAAAAUAUUUCACUUUACAUCCACCCUGAUGGAUGAUAUUCCACGAUUGAUUCUGAAGGAAGUCCUUGCUCGAGUGGUGGACAUUUUCUAACUCUUGUAAAAUCCAGUGGCGUUGAAACAAAUUUCGGCAGUUGUUAGAGUGCCUCUUUCAGCGGAAGAAAUACUGCCCACUUGUUUUUUUCCUUUCAUGGAGAAUAUUCUUGAGGGCCUAUUUGGUACCGUAGAGAUACCCGUCUCGUCGCAGUUGAAAAUUCUACUGGCUGGGAAUUUGUAUUUUUGAAGAAUUUCUCCCAAUAGAGUAAAAAAUGAAUUAACGUUGAAUUUAUUAAAUGACGAAGCCCUAGCUGCCGAGGUGUAUUCUGGAAGCCUUAAAGAAAUAUAUUGGUUUAUUUCUAGAAAUCCAUAGAUCCAAUCACGCCCUGCAAGUCCUUUAGCUGCGUUAAAGAUGUGUGCAAUAUGUUUUUUUCCGCAAAUUGCAAGGCAAGGUGCCUUACCUCCCUCGUGCCAAGACCAAAAAGCCUACUUUCCAUCUCUAAGAUAUAAUCGGCCAGCUCCUUCUCUUGUUCUGCCGAAAAAACCGGUCUAAAUCGACCUAACAAUUUUCUAGCUGCUACAUUGGUUUCGUUGUUAGAACUUAAUCGCCUCCGAAGUGUUGUUAAAGGAACGUGGUACUGUGCUGCUGCCUUUUUUGCGGAAAGUAUCCCGUGUCUAACGUCUUGUAUUGCUGCUGCCAUACUUUCCUCUGACCAAGAGUGCUGCUGGCUCUUCCGUUUAUAGUUACGCACCAUUGCCCCAAUUCUGUAAAAAAGGCAAUUAUUUUGAUUAUUUUUCUACUUUACUUACCUCUGGGCUUUACAAACCCGUAGCUAAAGAAUUUCUCUACUUUUAUUCCCUACAUCAUGCUAUGGGGUAAAGUUAUUAUCAACAAUAAAAAAAUAUUACCUUUGUUUUUUAUUCCACUGCUCGUACAGACAGGCUUACUAAAUACGAAAUCUUAUUAAAAAAAUAUGUAAUAUCAAACAAAUCAUAUCAACUUUAAUCGAUGCCUCUAAUUUACUUAUCUCUGAAUAUUAUAAACACGUGGCUCUAAAUUCUUUACUCACUAUAUAAAACCGCGUGCGUGCUUGAGAGCAGUUUCAACUCGACUGAUUGAUUGUACAUCCAGAGAGGAAGGGCUGUACAUAGGAGCACUCAUAGAUGUCGGUAGCAUGUAGGAAAUUUUGAUGUAAGCCACUUUGUCCCAAACUCCACUAUAUUAGUUAUCACUUUCUCGUGAUUAGUUUUUUAACCAAUAUAUUUUUAUGGUCACAUAAUUUUUAUUAUGACUUAGUUGUACUUAUGUACUUUCCCAUAUUUCUAAGAUUAAAAUUAUAUAUGUUUAUUUCGGCUUUGGAUAAGGCGACCAGUCCGCCGCCCUAAGUCACCUUCCAUUUCCAAUGAAGGACCACGCGCUAUUGUUAUGAGAAAAGUGAAUUCGAUGAAUAAGCUGAUGAAAUUUCAUCAUUGCACCAACUGUACCCUAUUCAUAAUCCAUUUACGCCCAGACAAAACACAACAUUCACAAAAUCGAGAUUGUAUUUUCCUCAAUGGUCUUGGAAUAAUCUAACAAAAUAAAUGGUUAUUUUUAUAGACAGAAGUGAACAUACCUUUACAAUUAUUUAUUCGCUGCAAGUAGUUGAAUCAUCGCCGGAAUGGUUAAUAUUAAUUAUUACAGAUACAAUUUGAAUAUCGAUCAUAUUGUCCAAAUCCCACAACUUUAUUUCGAUUGUCUCUUGAACGUGACGGAUACAAUCUUUCCAAUGGUUUGCCGUCACUCUGUUGAGAAUCAUUUCAAUGGGAUUUAAUUCGCAGUGAUAAAGGGCUAUCUUUAAAAUGUUCUUAUUUUGGUUUUUAGCCAUUUUGUCAAUAAUAUUAAGAUUAUAGAUAGAUAAGUUCUGCUUUGACCAUAUUUUCAUUGAAACUGUCUUUUGAUAGGAGCUAUUGUUGAAUUUCUGCCUUUCUUGUGGACAUUGUGGGAUUUUUUUCUAGUGUGGUAGGCAGCAUUAUCAAGUUCAAUGACGGCAUUGUCGUCAAGGUUUGGGAGCGUUUCUUCAAACCAUCGUUCAAAUAAACUCCCGUCCAUUUAUUCAUGGUAGUCGGUCAUUUUCUUUGACUCAAAUGCCCAUAGGGCAGUGGGCACAAAGCCAUCUUCACUGCCAAUGUGACAUAACAAAUCGUUUUCCUUUUCCUUUGAAAUAAUUAUUUCAUAUGAUAUUCAAGAAAACUAAUCAUAAUACAAGCAGAGUAUCUAACAGGUGUUGGUUCCAAAUCUUCCAGGUAUAGCUAAGUUUUCAGCAUGGGCUAAUAGAUUCAGUCUACAUUACACCAUUUUUACAAUACAAAUGAAGAAGGCUUGUAUUGCUGAUUUAUUUUAGAGUCAGUCCAUACUUUAGGUUUUAUAUGUCCUGCAUUUAUCCAGGUUUCAUCCAAGUAAUAAAUCUUCCUGCCGUGGUCGCGGUAUUUAUUGACUUUAAAUAAUUUCUUCUCCAUAAAAUAAUUUCUUUAAUUAUUUAAUUAACCUCCUGUAAUACUUUGUCUAUGAAGUUAUGUUGCUGUCAUUUAACACUUUAUUAAUUGAUAUAAUAAUUGCAUUGUAUUCGUUUUUACUAGCUCAUCACUUUUGGUUUAUAUUAACGAUUGUAUCUGAAUUAUGAGUCAUUCAAUAUCGGUCACAGCGAACACACAUACACUGUAAUUCCGGUUCGGUCCAUGUAAACUAUUGUUGGAACCAAAUAAAGUUUUUUAAAAACGAAGUUUGAAGUUCCGACUACAUAAUUAUGGUGGGAAGUUCCUGCUUUCCAAAAAAUUGAUGAACUUUGCGCCUGAUCAACUGUAUCAAACAGCUUCGUGUGAUGCAGCCUCUUGUGUGGUGUAGACAUUUUUUGUUUUUUUUAUAUGCUUUAAUAAUGUUGAAAAACGUCCUAGGAGAGUUUCUUUUGCCUGAAUAUUCAAAUGUCCCUCCUUGUUACGUUUUUUGGGGAGGAGACAUCACUGAAGAGGAAGCAUUGGGAGAAAUAUGCAGUUUCAUCUGCUGAAUCCAUAGACGACAUGUUAACGUAGAAACACGCGCUAUGUAAGCUCCGAAUAUGAACUGCCGGCGAUAACCCAAGGCUGAGUUAUAUCCUGUCAAAUCCUGCACUUUUUCGUCAUUUUAUGGGCGAAUGACCAAUAGCUAUUGCAACGCUUAGGCGGCUGCCGCUUUGCCGCGCUGCAUCUUUGUUGUGCCGGGACGUAAAUGGACUACGAAUAGGGUAUAUGUACAUUCAAAGUGAUCCAUGAUCUAGAUUAGUUGAUUUUUAUUGCACGUCUUGCCAAUAUUAACUUUCCUUUUGUCCCGUGCUACCUUUCAAAGUCCUUUACGAGGUGGUAUUUUUCUAAAUGUCGUAUUCUACCGCAAUUAAUGAAUGAUAAAAAACGUAUUUCAUUCAGUUCGGUGAUACUAGUAAAUUUCUUUUUUGUUCCUUCCUAUAGAGAGGUAUAUGUAUUUCACUUCAGGAAUUGAAACCAAUGAAUUCAAAUAGGUUAGAAUGAGCCAAGCCUUUAUAUUGGAUUGUUUGUCGCCAAAAUUGUGUAGCUUUAGUGCAUACUUUUGGCUCAUUUCUCUACCAUUGCCUCCAAGGUGACAUGCCAAAACAUAGGCAUACUUUUUUUUCUCUGGAGGGGUGUCCAGGUAGCCAAUCGUAUUGAGUGAACUUACGUUUAGCAGGACAGAAAUAAUACUAUCUGUGUUGCGAUUCUUUGCUAAAAGCAAACACCUAGAUCAUAAUAUGGAAAUUAUCCAAUAAAAAUAUCUGGCAGUAAUUUAAUCAAUUUGAUAUUCACAGUUUUUUUAGGGCCUACUGAGCCUUCUCACUAGAAUCCCGUGGCAAUAAAACGAGAACGUAAAAUUACUAUUUAUAAAACUGCAAGUAAGGAUCCUUCCUAAAAAAUUUAGAUUCACAAUUAGAUAAGACUCAAGGUUAAAAUUUCGGUUGGAUCUUUUUCAGUAUGCAACAAAAAAAUUGGUUUGGCUCCAAUACUUUUAAUUCUUCAAUGUUGUUGUAAAACAUACACUCCUGUUAACAAACCUUAGAUUCAAACUGAGCACUCAAAGAAUCAAGAAGUGGACUGAAGUAAAUCAAAAUUACCUCACAACUGUCCAACGUUGAGAUACAUGUCCUUUCACAACGCAAAUGGUUAUAAUACGAGGAACCCAAAAAUAACCGGAAUAGCAUUGCAGUGUGCGUAGCUUGUGAAGUACACAUUUCUGCCCCUAGAGGCGUACAACGCAAGUCAUUACCAGUUCAGUGCCACCUGAGUUGUCGAUCUGGCUUGUUUCGUUCCUCUGUAGUCAUUAUUUUUGCUAGAGCUUUCGUUUUUUACGAUGGCAAGCUUCAGUGAGCAACGUGCAGCUGUGAAAUUUUGCUUUCUAAUUGGUAUAAAUGCUGCUGACACUGUUUAAUGUUGAAAAUAGCUUACAAAGAUGAUGCUAUGGGAAAAACUCAGGUGUAUGAGUGGUUUGCUCGAUUUAAAAAUGGCGACAUGUCGAUUGAUGACAAACUUCGCUCUGGACGUCCAUCAACUGCCCGAAUCGACGAAAUUGUUGAAAAAGUUCAAGUCCCGAUUUGUGGCAGUCAGGAGACUGGUUCUUCCACCUCGAUAAUGCACUUGCGCAUACAGCCAUCUCUGUUCGACAGUUUCUUGCUAAAAAUGGCAUGGUUCCGCUGCCUCACGCACCUUAUUCGCGUGACCUGGCUCCGUGCGACUUUCUCUUAUUUCCACGGAUGAAAAGGGGCAUGAAAGGACGCUGCUUUGACUACAUUGAAGAGGUCAAGAAAAAAAACGAGGGGGGAGCUGUCAGACAUUUCUAAGAAAGACUACAAAAAAUGUUUCGAGCAGUGGAAGCACCGGUGGGACAAGUGUAUUAGUUGUAGUGGACAGUAUUUUGAAGGCGAUAAGGUUACUUUGUGAAAAAGUUGAAAAUAAAUAGCUU